CUUAUUGCUCAUUUAUAUGGUCUAGUAGAGGGUAGAUGUGCUGAUGGAGGAAUGCUUAUUGACAGUCAUUUGUUGGAGAAAUGUGAGCAGUAUACUAUUAAACCUGAAGCUAAUGAAACUACUCCUUUAAAGGAUAGAUUCUUUCAGCUUUAUGGUGAUGGAGCUUAUGGUGUUUCUCAUGUUCUUGUUUCUCCAUUUUCUAAUCCAACUCCAGAUGAACAGGAUUGGAAUUCUUCAAUGUCUAAAUAUAGGAUUGAAGUUGAACAUGCUUUUGGUAUUGUUUUGAACAAAUGGCCUUUUCUUAACUCUUUCUACAAACAUAAAAUUUAUAAUGGACCAGUAGGAAGAUAUUACAGAGUUGCUGUUCUUCUUACAAAUGCUCACAAUUGUUUUUCCCCUAACCAAGUUUCUAAAGCUUUUCAUUGUUAUCCUCCUAGUAUUUAUCAAUACUUUCAUGAUUGA